CCCUCCUUGUUCAAACAAAUGAGGUUUAAGCUUUCAAAACCCUAGAAACACACUCAUCUAAUUCCCGACUUCCAAAUCACCCGCAUUCCACAAAUCAUCACCAAAAAAAAAAUCAAUUUCUAUCUCUCACACACACACAACCAAAAAUGAGCUACGCAGCCUACAAAUUAAUGCAUCCGCCCACCGGAAUCGACAACUGCGCGUCCGGAUACAUCACACAUUCUCCGGCCGAUUCCGCUUCUCGAAUCCUCCCGGUUCCGACUGAUGAUAUCGAUUCCGUUUGGCCUGCCACGUCAACACCGUCUGUAGGCCCCAUUCCUAACCUAAUUGUAACCGCUGCGAAUGUUCUAGAAGUUUAUACAGUUAGGGUUUUAGAAGACGGUAAGAAGGACACUGGCGUAACGCAACCGCCACGUGGCGGUCUCAUGUCCGGUCUCUCCGGUGCUUCGCUUGAACUAGUUUGUAGCUACAGGUUGCACGGUAAUGUGGAAUCGGUAGGUGUGCUGUCUUCUGGAGCAGAGGAUCGGAAAAGUGGCAGAAGAAGAGAUUCGAUUAUCUUAACGUUUCGAGAUGCAAAAAUCUCGGUUCUAGAAUUUGAUGAUUCGGUGUAUGGACUUCGUACAAGUUCCUUGCACUGCUUUGAAGGUCCACAGUGGCUUCAUUUGAAAAAAGGCCGGGAAUCUUUUUCUAGAGGGCCGUUAAUAAAAGCAGAUCCUCUUGGAAGGUGUGCCGGGGUGCUUGCUUAUGGUCUACAAAUGAUAAUACUCAAGGCUGCUGAGAGUGGUUUGGUAGGUGACGAUGGUUCUUCUAGUGCCGGGGGCUCAGUUUCUGCACGUGUACAGUCAUCAUAUAUAUUUGGUUUACGAGAUCUGGAUGUCAAACAUGUCAGGGAUUUUAUAUUCGUUCAUGGUUACAUUGAACCGGUGUUGGUGAUCCUUCAUGAGAAAGAACUUACAUGGGCUGGGCGCCUUCCAUAUAAGCAUCAUACUUGUGUAAUUUCUGCACUUAGUAUCAGUACCACAUUAAAGCAGCAUCCGCUCAUAUGGUCUGCCACUAAUCUUCCACAUGAUGCAUAUAAACUUCUUGCUGUGCCCUCUCCAAUUGGAGGAGUUCUAGUUGUUUGUGCAAAUACUAUUCAUUAUCAUAGCCAGUCAACAUCAUGCAUAUUGGCUCUGAAUAAUUAUGCUGUUCCCCUGGAUAGCAGUCAAGAAAUGUUAAGGUCAAGUUUUAGCGUGGAGCUUGAUGCUGCUAAUGCAACUUGGUUAUCAAAUGAUGUUGCCAUGCUAUCAACAAAAUGCGGAGAACUACUUCUGUUGACACUUGUUCAUGAUGGGCGGAUUGUGCAGAAACUUGACCUUUCCAAGUCAAAAGCUUCAGUACUAACCUCGGCAAUCACUACUGUCGGAAGCGCUUUCUUUUUUCUGGGGAGUCGUCUAGGGGAUAGUUUAUUUGUGCAGUUCCAUUGUGGAGCAGGAUCUUCUAUGGUGAUUAAGGAAGAGAUUGGUGAUAUGGAAGGCGAUAUUCCAUCAACAAAACGAUUACGAAGAUCUUCCUCUGAUGCUUUGCAAGAUAUGGUAAAUGACGAAGAACUUUCCUUGUUUGGAUCAGAUUUGGACAAUGCCCAGUCUUCUCAGAAAACAUUCUCAUUCACUGUGAGGGACUCGUUGAUCAAUGUUGGCCCCUUGAAAGACUUCUCUUAUGGUUUAAGGAUGAAUGCUGAUCCCGAUGCAACAGGGGUUGCUAAACAGAGCAACUAUGAACUUGUGUGCUGUUCCGGCCAUGGUAAGAAUGGUGCUCUCAGUGUGCUUCAGCAGUCUAUCCGUCCAGAAAUGAUUGUCCAAGAACCUAUACCAGGCUGCAAAGGGCUGUGGACUGUCUACCACAAGAAUUCACGCAUUCAAGCUGAACAUUCGAAAACAGCAGUUGAAGAUGAUGAAUGUCAUGCAUAUUUGAUUAUAAGUUUAGAAAGUCGCACAAUGGUUCUCCAGACAGUUAGUAACCUCGAGGAGGUCACUGAAAAUGUGGAUUAUUUUGUUCAAGGAAGUACCAUCUAUGCCGGAAAUCUUUUUGGAAGGAGGCGGGUCAUACAAGUGUACGCUCGUGGUGCUCGGAUUCUUGAUGGUGCUUUCAUGACUCAAGAUCUAACCUUUCGAGCUACUAAUUCUGAAGCUGCCAUGACUGUGUCGUCAGUUUCCAUUGCUGAUCCUUACGUAUUGUUAUUGAUGACUGAUGGGAGUAUUCAGCUCCUUGUUGGAGAUACCUCCACGUGCACCAUGAGCAUAAAUAAUUUGGCAGCAUUUCAGGCCUCCAAGAAAUCAAUAACCGCCUGUACACUCUAUCAUGAUAGAGGAACCGAGCCAUGGCUCAGAAAAACAAGUACCGAUGCUUGGCUUUUAACAGGGGUCAGUGAACCAAUAGAAGGACCUGAUGGUAUAUCUCAUGAUCAGGGUGAUAUCUACUGUGUGAUUUGUAAUGAGAGUGGGACACUUGAAAUAUACGAUGUCCCAAAUUUCUCCUGUGUUUUUUCGGCUCAUAGCUUUGUAUCUGGAAGAACUUUUAUUGGAGAUGACUUAUUCCAAGAGCCUUCUGAUGAUCCACAAAAAAUAUCUAACAAUAAUACCCAAGAUAAUAGUCCAAACAUGAAGGUUGUUGAAUUGGCUAUGCAUAGAUGGCAUGGAAAGAGUAGCCGCCCUUUUCUUUUUGGAAUAUUGGCUGAUGGGACCAUUCUGUGUUAUCAUGCUUACUUGUAUGAAGGUUCAGAAAAUGUUUCUAGGAGUGAAGUUGUGACUGGUCAAAACUCAAGUGGCCCAAGUGCUUCAAGGCUUAAAAAUUUGAGAUUUUCACGGGUUUCCUUGGAUACAUACACAAGAGAAGAGUUCUCAACAGAAACCACAUAUCCUCGAAUAACAAUGUUUAAAAAUGUUGGUGGCCACCCCGGUCUCUUCCUCUCUGGUUCAAGGCCCACCUGGUUUAUGAAAUUCAGAGAGCGACUUCGAAUUCAUCCUCAGCUUUGUGACGGACCAGUUAUUGCCUUCACGGUCCUUCAUAACACGCAUUGUAACCAUGGGUUCAUUUAUGUUACCUCACAGGGUACUUUGAAAAUCUGUCAACUUCCAUCUCUGCUAUCCUAUGACAAUUAUUGGCCAGUACAAAAGAUACCUUUGAAGGCAACUCCUCAUCAAGUCACCUACUUUGCUGAGAAGAAUCUAUAUCCGCUUAUAGUUUCUGUUCCUGUCGCAAAGCCUUUAAAUCAAGUCCUAUCGUCUUUGGUAGAUCAAGAAGCUGGCCACCAAAUCGAGCAUGACAACUCUAAUAUUGAUGGUACUUAUACCAUAGAAGAGUUUGAGGUCCGAAUAAUGGAACCUGAAAAUGCUGGUGGCCCAUGGCAAACAAAAGGAACAAUUCGGAUGCAAACUGCUGAGAAUGCAUUGACUGUGCGUGUGGUUACAUUAUCUAAUACAACAACUAGAGAAAAUGAAACACUCUUAGCGAUCGGGACAGCUUAUGUGCAAGGGGAAGAUGUAGCUGCAAGAGGGCGUGUUCUUUUGUACUCUGUUGAAAUUGAUAGUGAAACUUUGCAGGCAACGGUUACAGAGGUGUAUUCAAAGGAAAUGAAAGGUGCUAUAUCAGCAUUAGCUUCAAUUCAAGGUUAUUUAUUAGUUGCUUCGGGACCAAAAGUCAUCCUACACAAAUGGACUGGUUCAGAGUUGAAUGGUGUUGCAUUUUUUGAUGCUCCACCACUUUAUGUAGUCAGCUUAAACAUUGUCAAAAAUUUUAUUCUGCUCGGGGAUAUUCACAAAAGCAUAUAUUUCUUAAGCUGGAAAGAAAAUGGAUCUCAACUGACAUUACUAGCCAAGGAUUUUGGCUCGCUGGAUUGUUUAGCAACAGAGUUUCUGAUUGAUGGAAGCACUCUCAGUCUUAUGGUGUCGGAUGACCAGAAGAAUGUUCAGAUAUUUUACUAUGCACCAAAGGUGUCAGAGAGUUGGAAAGGACAAAAGUUACUUGCAAGGGCCGAGUUUCAUGUCGGGGCACAUGUGACUAAAUUUUUACGGUUGCAAAUGCUUCCAGCUUCAGAUCGGGCGAAUGCUCCUCCAGGAUCUGAUAAGACAAACCGUUUUGCCCUUUUGUUUGGUACUCUCGAUGGCAGCAUCGGGUGUAUUGCGCCUCUUGACGAACUAACUUUUCGCAGACUCCAGUCACUGCAGAAAAAACUUGUGGACGCUGUUCCUCAUGUUGCGGGAUUGAAUCCGAGAUCGUUCCGUCAAUUCCAUUCAAAUGGAAAGGCUCACCGGCCUGGACCUGACAGCAUAGUUGACUGCGAGCUGCUUUGCCAUUACGAUAUGCUCCCAUUUGAACAUCAGCAUGAAAUUGCUAACCAGAUUGGGACAACACGUUCACAGAUCGUUUCAAAUUUGAACGACCUUGCUCUUGGCACUAGCUUUUUGUGAAAGUGUACACAUCACCAUUUAGUACCUUCUGCUCUGCAAUCUAAUCAUGGAGGUUGUUGAGUUAGAUCAGGUUCAUGUUAACACAGGGGUCAUAAAAAUGUAUAAUUUGAGAAGAACAUUAGCAGAUAUCGUUUAGGUAUUCAAGACUUGUAUAUAGGGUUGUAGGAUUUCUAGUUGAUUUAAUCGUACUUUGGGUCUACCAUUUUGAUACAGUUCCAACAUUUCCUGAGCGGAUAUCUUAUCGUAUCAGUCUUUUACCAAAGUAUUCACUUAUUGCUACUGGUCA